AUGGUGGCACUCGAAAAAUUGGAUAAGGACGCCGAAAAGAUGAAUCGCUCGAACGAUCCAAUUGAUAAAUCGCUUGUGAUUAAUACAGUGAUUGGAGCAGCGGAGGACGCUGCGGAGCAUAAUAUCUACAACCUGGAUCUGAAACUCGAUAAUAUCAUGGUUGAUGAUUCCAGGAAGAGCUCCAAGGGAAACUGGAAGGUUAUUGACUGGGAUAUGGCGGUUGCGGGUGAUCUUAAGAGACAUAAGGGAGCUAUUGGAACAGAGGGGUAUAUGCCUCCUGAAAUGAUCGCAUAUCUGCUCAACGAAAACACCCACGUCAACUGGACUAUUGAUCGCGCAGUGGUCUGGACAAUUGGGAUGCUUGUGUUUUACCUCAUGAUUGGUGAAUAUGCGGGCAAGGUGACCACGGAGAUGAAGGUUUAUUCUAAAAGAGUUCUCCGAACACCUGUUAAAUCUCAGAGCGACCCUAUUUGGUAUUGGGUUUAUUUGAUGCUUGCAUAUUCGAAGAAUGAGGAUAUACCAGGGAAGCUUUUUCCAGAGGAAAUUCGGAAAGAUGAUGAUAUCAAGGAUGUCAUCGACUGGUUCGAGCAUGUCCUAUGCAAAGAAGAUGAUCGGUGGACUUUACAGGAACUUCUUGCUAAGAGUAAGUUUUAG